CCUCCAUCUGUGUCUUCUUCCUCACCUUCACCAAUCUGCAUAUCCCGCUCAACAGCCUCAUAGGGACAGCGGCUCCCUGUUCUAAGCACGCCCACCCUCCUGACUCAUUCCCCAACAGACACGCCUCUCAGAGGCCAGCCAGCUCCCAACAGAACUGCUGCCUUUCGCGGCGGGGGUGAUCCCGCAGUUGUGCUCGUACGGAGAAUCACACAGACCGUCCCGUUCGUGUUAUUGCUUUUCGCCACGGAAUCCUCACGCCUCCCCCCAUCCCCGGAGUUUUAAUCCAGCCCGUGCUUGGUUGGGUGGUCACCGUCCCCCCCGGAGUCCCUAAACUAGCCUGGAUAUAUUUACCUUUGUCGAGCAGCUUCUGCAUAAAAAUUCCGCCCGUGGUUUUCUGAGUCAAAGGCGAAGGGAGGCGACUGACACAAGAGUUACAACUCUUCCCCGAUUUUCCCACGAAACGAACUGAGACUGAAAGAAAACCAACACGAUAUUUCUUUUGACAGAACGGAAAGAAAAAAAAAAAAAGGAAAUAUCCACUCAGAUUCAAGUACGCCGCCCAUGGUUUCGGUGCUUAAUAACGAUCAGGCGGCGCGACUUGUAAGGGAAGCUGUUGAGCUUGUAGAUGCUGGCCAUCGCGAGGCUGCCUCCCGCAACCUCCGCGAAGCCAUAGCUCUCGCUCCUGAAAACGCCGAAGUUAAAGCGGCAUUUUUGAAAGUUCGAGAAGAUGAGGAGAAUAACCACACGCUGCUGAACCUUUGUCGGCGUUACAUCCACCAGCAGGAUGAAGACGCCGGCAAGGAGGCAGCAAGAUACCUUCGCCAAGAGGGGCUUGAGCCGCCUACUGAUGUAGCCCUCGCGUCUUUGAAGCUUGUCCUCGCAUCUCCCGCCUCCAAACACUCCGCCACGCAGGAUGAUAUAAUCAGUGGUUUGGUUCGUCAAAGCGCGUCUUGUCGGCAGUACUUCGCUGCAGAGCUGCAGAGCUCUGCGACGCAGUUCUUCGAUGAGAUAUACGAUCGCGGUGAUGGCGCUGUGGUCUGUUUGGACACGGUCAUUCUGGAUAAAGGGCUCUGGCCAUCAGAGACCAAUCGGAGCCAUUGUGAAGGGGAGCUUCUCCAGCUGUUUAUCGCAAAGCUGAUGGAAUCCGGUCAUGACCAUGACGGCCGCUCCCUCAAAGGAAUCGCGCGACUUCUCGCUGUCCAUGCACAAUGCCUGCAUCAUCUAAUCGACGAAGAAGGAUUCGAUGUGAUCCUUUCUUCUCUUGACCUAAGACUUCCAGUUGAUGUACGCAGCCAAGCGACCUUGGCGACUGCAAAGUACCUGGAGGCGUCCCAAGAGACCGGUCAAGAACUUUUCACAAAGGUUGUGAAGGCGCGCGUCGCAAGGCGUAGAUGCGAAGACUACAUCAUCGCUUUCUCCGCUGCUGCAGUUGUCUUUCCUCUCGUACCCGCCAUAGCGUCAACCCUUUUCUUAUCAGAGGGAUUUCUACAGUCACUUACUCCCUUGCUUUAUAAAAGACAAAAGCACCCUGCUUUGGAAUUAGCAGUCCUGGAGCUAUUUAAUGCGGCUUGCAUCGAUCGAGCUUGCAGGGAUGCUAUUGACAAGCACCAUUCAGAAUGUUUGUCAUAUACCCUCAGCAACGGAUCGCAGGAAGCUGCGGGUCUUUCUGCAGUGAUUCUAGCGAAAAUCCAGGCCUCUGAAAAAAAAUCAGAAGCUUUGUCGAGCCGUAUGCAGGAAGCAAGCACUGAGUCCCAUGACUUGGUGGAACGGUUUAAAAAUUUGCUCUCUGAACAACCUUCGGGAGAAGGGAUCUGUCAUGCUGUUGAAGGACUGGCGUAUUCCUCCGUGAAACCGGAAGUGAAAGAGCAAAUAGCAAAGGACUCGGACUUUCUCAAGAACCUGGUUCACAUUCUGAGGAACAGGAAGGCGGAGAAUACGGUGUUGUAUGGUGGGCUCAUGACGAUAUGGAACGUCACCAAAUAUCGACCGAAUCUAUCAGAGGAGCAGAGGAAGCUUUCGGAACUUAAAGCGUACGCGAAUACCUCGAAGCCAGCGCAACCUCAUAAACUAGACGAUGAAGAGCACGUGAAAAUUCGUUGCACUGCCGUCAUUGAUGCCGGCGUUGUGCCUCUACUGAUUGAUUGUGAAAAGCAGAAUCUCUCGUCGAUAAAGAGCCUUAACCAUCAGAUCCUUUUGGCUCUGUCGAGAGACCCUAAAUCGAGAGGAAAGCUAGCUCAGCAAGGUGCCGUGAAACUUCUCGUCGCGGCCCUUAAUCCAGGAGGGGACGCUGCUCGGAAAUUGAAUGACUCUACUUAUAAUGCUGCGCACGCGCUUGCACGAAUUUUAAUCUCGGUGAAUCCAUCUCACGUUUUCCCAUCUUCGGGAUUCCCCCAGAUCACUUCAGCGGUUCGGCCAUUACUGCUUCUCCUUACUCCAUCAGAGACGAGUUCUACGGACCAGCCACGCGACCUCCUCCCAAUUUUUGAAAGCCUUCUUGCCCUAACAAAUCUUGCAUCGUCACCCGACAGAAACGCCGGAGCGAGCAUCGUCCGUGCCGGAUGGACCACUAUCGAGGACCUACUUUUGUCAGGUCACAGCUAUAUCCAACGUGCUGCCUGCGAGCUCGUUUGCAAUCUGAUGACCUGCGAACAGGGUAUCGGUAAAUUUGCAGACAGAUCGGCCCGCGCGAGCCAGCGUCUACAUAUAAUUCUCGCUCUCGCGGACGUGGAGGACCUUCCGACCCGCCGAGCGGCCGGCGGCGCUCUGGCUAUGCUUACUGAAUACGAAUCGGCGGUGUCUGCCAUUCUUGAUCGGGAGCGGGGAUUGAAGAUUAUUCUAGGACUGUGCGCCGACGAUGACGAUGGCUUGGUGCAUCGGGGCGUUGUUUGCUUGAACAACCUUGUCCGGGCCACCGGCGAUAUUGGCAAGCGGGCAAAGAAGGACCUACUCGAGAAUGGCGCACUAGAUACGUUGAAGACGUGCCUUACACAAUCGCAUAAUCCGGCUGUGGUGGAAAGCGGAGUUGAGGCGUUGAAAGCGUUGAUCAACUGAAAGCGAUACGUGGCAGUAGACCGUGGUUUUUCUUGGUUUUCCAUCCUUGUUUACCUUUUUUUCCCUCCUCUUUCUCGGAAUGACU